UUCAACAGUUCUAAGGGAGAUCGCUUCGGAUAUUUCUAUGUUCUUCGUGUGAAACUUCGUGAUGAUUGGGUUGUUGUUAGUGUUGAUUCUGAUAGUGAGUGUGGUUCAGUUUGUCCGAUUCAGGCGGGCUACGUCCUUUGCUCGAAACCUUCCGAGUGUUGAACCUUGUUAUCCAAUCAUAGGAAAUGCAUUACUGUUUCUCGGCCAAAGUGAUGAAAAACGAUUUCUUAAUGUGAUUAGAGCCAGCAGUAAUCCGGCUAAGUUGUUUAAAUUGUGGAUCGGAUUCGUUCCGGUUGUCUGCACUAAUGACCCAGAUACAGUUCAAAAGAUCCUUAAUCAUCCAGAUUGCAUGGAUAAGCCGUAUUUUUAUGAUUUCUUCAAGCUGGAUUUCGGUCUAAUUACGGCCCGCUAUGACAUUUGGAAGGGACAACGCAAAGCAUUGAAUCCUACUUUCAAUCGGAAACUGAUUGACGGGUUCAUCACGAUCUUCGCGACGUGCUCCCAAAAUCUGGUGGAGCGACUGACGGAUCACGAAUCCGUCCGACUGACACCAUUUUUACAAAAAUGUACACUUGAGAUGAUUUGUGCAACCACCAUUGGGACGGAUAUCAAUCGUCAGCAAGGAGUGGAAAAUUUGUCGCGAAAGGUUGACGAGAUAUUUCAUUUGGUGUCGAGAAGAAUACUUAGUAUAUUCGCACAUUCGGACCGCUUCUAUCGUUUGACUAAGAAUUACGGUGUGGAGGAGGGCCUACGAAAUGAAGUACUCUUUUACGGUAAUCAGAUCGUACGUCAGGUCAAGACACAAAAACAAACGGAACCUAGUUCUGCAGAAAACCGCAACGAUGAUAAAAUUCGAAAGCCACAAAUUUUUAUCGAUCAGCUCCUGAAUUCACAAAGCGGUAAAAAAUUCGAUGAAAUCGAAAUCAUUCACAAUAUGUACACAAUUAUCGUGGCGGGAAGCGGAACUACUGAAACCCAGAUGAGUCUGAUUGCAUUGUUGCUGGCCAUCUAUCCGGACAUGCAGGAGAAAGUGUACGAAGAAAUUAUGACCGUUUUCCCGGGCAACAGCGAUCCUAGCAUCACUCCUGACAGUAUAAAGCAACUGCAGUACUUGGAUAUGUUUGUCAAGGAGUGUUCACGACUCUUUCCGGUUGUACCGCACAUAUUAAGGACACCGAUAAAGGAUGUUGAUCUGGAUGGAUUGAUUGUGCCCAAGGGAGCCUUCCUGUGCAUUAGCAUUUUUAAUAUUCAUCGACGAAAAGAUGUUUGGGGUCCGAAUGCCGAUAAGUUUGAUCCCGAAAAUUUCUCCCCCGAGUGCAUAGAAGGACGUCACCCAUUUGCGUUUCUUCCAUUCAGCGGAGGACCACGUAAUUGUAUUGGAGCUCGCUAUGCCAUGGUCGCCCUGAAGAUUAUGACCAUAUAUUUGGUGAGAACUUUUAAAAUAAGGACCAAAGCACGUUUCGAAGACCUGUCGUUUAAGUACGAUGUUUUGCUCAAGUUGUCAACUGAACCGGAAAUAACAUUGGAGCGACGAACAACGAGUGUGCAAAAUCACGGAGGCAAUUAAUUGCAUCCAUCUGUUAUAUCUUCAUCAUUUAAACAUUUGAUAAAUUGAAGAAAUUAAAUAAAGAAGUUAU